AUGCCAAACUUGAACAAGCUUGAUUUCACCACUUUGGAAGUAUCUGGAAGAAAUUACCUGAAAUGGGUUCCAGAUGUGAAGCUCCAUCUUACUGCAAAGGGUAUUAGAGCCACCAUCGAGGCACUUAUCGACGACAAACCUGUCGAUGAAGCUCAAAAAUCUACUUCAAUAAUCUUCAUUCGAAGACACAUCCAUGAUGCACUGCAGACCGAGUAUCUCGCUGAGAAGGACGCAUACACCCUUUGGCUUGCUCUGGCUGACCGUUUCGAUCACCAGAAAGACAUCUACUUGCCUGAACCAAGACACAACUGGCAGCAUCUUCGCUUUCAAGACUUGAAGUCCGUGAAUGAAUACAACUCUGAAGUUUGUAGAAUCUGA